UCUAACAGGAUAGCAAAGGCUACAGAUCAUUUAAGGACUCUCUCUAAGGCUAAAUACAUGAGGAAAUAACAGCAAAUUUAUGACUGGAUAUGCGGCUGAUCUUAUAAAUCUCUCACACAGAAAAAGCAAGAUUCCUAGUGUCAUUGACGGAAAAUAAGAUAAAAAGUACUUUGUCCCCACUUUUCAGGCAAAAUAAGAACUCAAGAAGAUCAUUUGCUGCUAAGAAUCCGUUUAAAUUUGGAAGAGAUAGAUCUUCAAUAACCUCGACAGUGAGGUCUAACUCUAACUCAAAUUUCCAAUCUCAUAGUAAAGGAAGAGCUCAAAAAUCUAGUUUUGCACACAAAUCGCUGACUAAACAAAUUAAGGCAUCACCUACUAGAAGGCCAAGUCGUGUUGAAGAACUACAGAUGGAGUAUGAGAAGAGCAAUAAGGAAAUUGCGAAACUGAGACAUCGCAACUCUAUCAUUCUAAAUUUCAUUCCAAUAAAGCAAGAAUCGUCUAAAGAAGUGCCUAAUCAACCAACAGAUUCCUCAGUAAAUAACGUAGAAAGAAUACAAGGAGUGCAAGGAUCUACUGUAUCAAGAACUGGGAACUAUGAUUUAUCAGCAAAAGAGGAAACUGAUCAGAUUGACAGUCAUAUCCCAAAAUAAUGAUAUUUUCCAGAUAGGCCAGAGAAAAAAAAUCUUAAAAGAGCAAAUUUUGAGCACAGAUAAAUUGAAAAAUAAAGUAAACAAAAGAAAAAGACAGGGAAACAUUCUUACUAUCAAUCAUGAAAAUUUAAGAAAGAAUUUUAGAAAAGAAAUCAACGAGAACACCAAGACAGAGGAUGGACAUGGCACCAAGACUGUCAAAUUCAAUAAUAAAAGAGAAAAAUCGAAUCCUAUACCUCUUAAUAACGCUAAAAACUGUUCAAAGGACUGGAACAAGUCACGAUCUGUUUUAAAAUCAAGAGUGAAAUCUCCCAAUUGCUGUAAAAGAAAAAAAUUUUGGAACAAGGAUAAUCUGAAGAGCUGUAUGUCAGAUUCUAAAAAUUCCUAUGAUCUCGAUGUGGGAAUAAGCUUAAAUAAAAGACAAGAAAAGAAAACAUCUGCUUUGAGAAAAUAGAGGGAAAGAUAUCAAGAUUCGAAGCAUAAAAAGAAGAGAUAAGUUUAAAACUAUUAAACUGAAGCAAAGAACUGAUACAGUGAACUCUCCUCAGAAUCAGCUCCAAAGAUUUACACCAUUUUCUCCAAUUAGUCUAAAUUCUAGAAUUAGCAGUACAAGAAAGAGAAACCCACUAUCUCCAAAUGGCUCUCGCUUGAAGAACAAAGGACCAACUUCAGAGAAAUUUUCGAUGGAUUUAACUCACAAUGAAACUCCAGUCAAAGGGUUCAUGUAUUUCUACAAAAGAAUAAUAGCAUAGAAGAGGGAAAGAAAGAAUACAACAAUGCAAAAUCGCCUUUUUACCGAAGAAUCAUAAAGGAAAUCCUAAAUUAUCAAUUUUAAAGGAAAAAUCUAAAGAUUCUAGAAAAAUGAGCAGCUUUAGUAAUCUUACUUGAAAAUUAAUUUAGUGACAAAUUCAAUAAGAAUGCCAAUCUCUUGAGAAACAAGGCCAAAAUUGAACAAUUUGAGAGAUAGUUCUGCCAAAAAGAGUCAGUUUAGGGCAAAAAUAUUAGAAUUUCUAAGUCGAAACCACUAUGAAAAGCCAUGCAAUAGCGAAAUUGAACAAAUUGAGAGCAAAGACCUGAAUUCUUCAAUCCAAAAGAGGAAUAAAAGAAUAAAUCCAAAUUUUGGUGGCAUAAGAAGCAAUAGAAUGAAUAAAAAGACGAGAAAUCCAUAUUUAAUUUCG